GCUUCUCAUCGGGCGCUGGAGUGGGAGGGAGCGCGAAUCUCGAUGCCGGCGGGCGCGCGCGCUCUCUCUCUCCGCCUCGUUGUUGAUUUGUGACGGGUGCCAGGGGAAGCUUACAAUUCAAGCACGCUGAUCAUCAUCUAGUGCUGCCUGGGGCUCUGUACCAGAAGUUGAUGUAUGCCCCAGAUCAGUCUCAUCUACAUCAUAUAGGAACAGGAAUUGUGAAUGUUAUCUUGUGUCAACUAUUGAGGAUUAAAUGACUUCGGACAGCUUGCCAUUUGGACUUUCUGUUGGUAGAAAACAAGCAUCAGGAGGAUAUAGAUACACUGAGCAGUACGAAUGGCAACAUUUAGCUCUUCGUCAAAGAGAACAAGCAACAAGGGAGCAACCCCACAUUGGUUCAGCCAUGAAAUACCCUCUGCAUGCAUAUCACAGGGUAGAAGAAUCUGUGGCGGCUAUAGAAAUUCCACCUCAGGUUAGAGGACAUGAUUUGCAUAGUAAUGGCGAAACUUGCAAUGAUAGAAGUUGUAGCCAUUCUUAUACGGAGACAGAAAUGAAGGAUUUGGUGGCCUUUUCACACGGCAAUGCUGAAACUGAGAAGAACUUUGUGAUAUGCGACCAACCUCUCAAUUCAACUAGACUCCUGGAGUCAAAGCAACAUAGUUAUCCCUUUGGAAAUAAGAUUGGUGGAUAUCAUGGUCAAGGUCAUGCUUGUCCUCGCCAUUCAUCAAAACAGGGCGAGUACAAUCUUUCACCUGGUCUUGCUCAGACAAGUUGUCAGUGGACUGAGGGAGAACCUUCCCUUGAUCACUUGUGUGAUUCUGCAAAAAGAGCAGAUGGAUAUAUGCGUGCGACAGAAAGACAGGGGGAGUUCUUUUCAGCUAAUCAAGGGAGUGGCUCUAAAAAUACAAAUUAUCAAGAAGGUCGACAUCUGCCAGCUGAAGCUAACUUCCCAAGUGUCCCCUUCCCAAUGAUAGAUAAAGCAGGGCAUCGAUCUUACAUGGAAAAUGUCCACACUUACGAUAAGCGCGAUGGCUACUGUUCAAAAGAUCCGAUGUUUAAUAUUUCUGAUCACACCUCAGUUGGUCGAACAUGUCAUAGGGUUGAAGUAGGGAGAGCUCACACCAGGAAGGGAUUCGAUGAAUUUGCCACCCAUCAUGAACAAUUUCAUCAAUCUCCACGUGAUAAUUUCAGGGACCACAUGGGUAGCAGUCGAAGUUGCAGGAGUACUCAUAAAUGCAAGAUGUCAAGAAAGCAAUGUGCAAAACAGGAUCUCCAGAAAAAGAACUCAAAUUCCACUUUUGUUGGCAGGCAUGGGAGAAACAGUAACCGGAAAAGGCAUGGUGAUCAUUUGGAUGGACAGAGAGUUAAGAGGAAUAUGCCUUCUGAGGAUCUGUCUAAAGAAUUAUGCUAUCCGAAGAUGAAGGAUUGGCAAUCUUAUUCUCAUGUUGAUGAACGCCAUAGUGGUUCUGAUGCACUAAGAAAUGAUAAUCAGGAGGGACAGACCAAAAAGAUCAAGAAAGGAGGUCAAAUUGGAGAAAAAGGAAAUUAUCAUCCAAAAAAAGGUAUUAUAACAACUGCUGUAUGUAGUGGUUCAGAGUCUAAUGAGAAUUCAGGUUCAGGUAUGUUAAAUCCUAAAUGUAGAAACAAAACCAUUGUGUCAUCAAAUGGACCCAAACAAAGUGAAGGAAGUAACAACAUAAAGUUAGAGUCUGAUAAGAAGCCUAGUUUGGUUGUUUGCACAAAAAACCUAGAUGGCAUUAAGAGCAAGGAGGUUUUCGAUAGUAAACUACAUCAAGCUUCAGUCACCCAUGUGGAGAAAGGUGUGCUCAUGAAAGAAUCAGAGAAUACUUCUCCGUCUGAACUACUUCGUGAAUGUUUGAUUAUAUGGAGAAGAUUAAAGAAAGACAAUUGUGCGGAAGCUGAAAAUAUCAUACAAACCAAUACAAAUGGGUCAGUGAAAACAAGCAAGAUAUCUUUCAGCGGAAGACUGGGAAAUCAAAGACCUACCAACUCAGGAAUUGAUGAUGAAAACAGCAGCACAUCAAGGAGUGCUUAUGUUAGCUCAGAAAGCGAUGAUGAAAGUAAUAGUCCAUCUGACAACUCCAAACGAUGUAGAGGUGUAAUGUCAUCUUGUGAAUUACAAAAGUGCAGUAAAGAAAGAGCUGGGAGAGAGUCAGAGCAACCCUUCCAAUCACUUCGUGGCAACAACUACAUGAAAAGCCCCAAAUAUAUAAUAGCUGAUGCUUCUCAUCCUGAAAGUAGUGUGUGUCAGAAGGUUUCUCAGCAUGGGGAGAUUACUGAUCAUUUGGAUGCAAAUAGUAAAAACGAAUUGAUUGUUGGCUAUGGAACUGAGAAGACACUAGUAGCUGAUUGUGCCCAAUUAGGUGAGCGAAUAACCAGUUUGUCAGCUAUUCCAGAAUUGCUGGACAAAAAAGUUGUUGCUCUUUGCUCAAUGCAUGAUGACAGUUUGAAGGUAAAUGUCUCAGAGUGUUCAAAUCAGGACAGUGAAAUUUCUCAAUUCAGUGCGACAAAAUUGGAUAAAGGAACGACAGAUACGCUUCUAGAGAAGCCUGUUACUCUUUCCAUGGGAAGUGACUGCAGAGACAUCCAAUGGGAUGGUAAGGAUUACAACAUUUUGAGAAUCAAACAAGAGCAUUCACAACAUGCAGACUCUGAGCAUGACAUGCAUCAUAAAGAGAGUGAGGAGGGACCAUCUCAAGCUCUUAAAGUCGCAUCAAACAAACAGAUACCCCACCAGUUCGUUUCUGACCCAGAGAAUCCUUGUACUACUAGACAAGCUGAUUGGAAUUCAUUUUCCUCGAUACCAGACCUAAAUUGCUUGCCUAGUACGAAUGCAGAUGAAGAACGAAGGCCAUUUGAGAAAGUAACUUUUCAGGUUGAUGGGGAAGGUACAGAUACCCAGAAUGAUAUUAAGAGUCUUUCAGCUUCCUCUUGUGAGCCCACUCUGCAGAAAGAACAGUUUAAGCAACGUGAAGCUAAUGAACUUACUCAAGGAAUUUGCGAAAGGGAAUGUGCAAACAGGUUUCACUCACCUAAUUCACAUAGUGGGCCAUCUCAGCAAAGCAUAGUUGAAGAAAAUAGCAUGUCAAUUGAUGCAUUCAAGAUUGUCCUCUGUGAAUUCAUCAAGAAUAUCAUGAAGCCUUUGUGGGAAGAUGGGCUUUUAUCCCGGGAAGUCCACAAAAUUAUAGCGAGAAAGGCUGUGGACAAGGUGAUCACCGUGUUGGCCGCAAAGGUCCCUCUGACAGAAAUAGCUACAUGUAGAUUUUUGUUAGAUGAAUCUCAGAGUCUAGAGAAACUCGUUCAGGGUUACUUGGAUGUAUACGUGGGAAGGGAAGUUCUUAAAAAGAAGCAUGCCCAGUAAUUCCUGAGCAGUGCUGUAAAAGAGAAAAAAACAUGUAAUUAUUGGAUCCCUUUUGCUCAUAUUAAUUUCCAUCGUCAGUUUUCAUUGAUCAAACGAACUCUCCUGUUUCCACAGGUAGCUAGAAGCCGUAAGCAACCUAGGUUUCUCUUCAGUUUAGAUCAGUGAAAGGAAAAGAUCAAAAUGGCAAAUCUUUCCUCCUUUCUCGUGUGGGGCCUUUUAACAGUCUUAUUUCUUGCUUUUAGCUCCCAUUUCAUAUCAAUAUCUAGGACUGUUUCCAUAUAGCUGUUAAACAUAUCAAUAUCUAGGACUGUAAUCUAUGAGAUUUAAAAUGUUGUAGUUUUGUGGGUGCAUGAUGGUCCACUUUCUUUUAUCCAUUGUGAAGUAUCAUUACCCACCAUUGUAUUCAUGCUUUCGGUUUGCCGCUAUAUGGAAAAAGAGAUGGUGGCUGCAAAGUGGAUUGGAUUUGUUGGUGCAGAUUGCAUCUGCUUUCUGGCGGUGCGUCAUUUCUUUAGUACUAGUUGUCCAUUGUGAUCUUGACAAAUUUGUA